AUGGUAAUUUAUCCUGAUAAAAAGAGAACCGGCUUCAUAGUACUGAGACCCUCAGAGUUAACCCUGAAGUCCAGACCUCAGGACUGCACCCUGCUGACCGCUGGACUGUACAACAGCAAACCUGCAACACUAAGGAGAGUCAGAUUGGCUCCCUCCUCCUCCUCCUCCUCGUCUCAGCAUCCAUUCCCGGUCGGAGGAUCGGAGGAUGAGUCUCGUGUCCGCCGCUCUGUGACGGAGGAACCUCGAAACGACGAAGCGGACACCGGAGCGGAAGUGUCCUCAGCCCGCGGUCGUCAUGCGGAGGACAUCUUCAGUGAGCUGUUCACAGAGGCCAACAGCUUCUACCUGAGGAUGAGCAGCCUGCAGGAGCGUGUGGACCUGCUGGCUGUCAAGGUCACACAGCUGGACUCCACCGUGGAGGAAGUGUCUCUGCAGGACAUCAACAUGAGGAAGGCUUUCAGGAGCAGCACCAUCCAGGACCAGCAGGUGGUGUCACGGAGCUCCAUCCUCAACCCUGUUCUGGAAAUGUACCAACGCUGCGACAAACCACCACCCCUCAACAUCCUGACUCCUUACAGGUUGGUUGGUCUAAACCCCGCCCCUCAACAUCCUGACACCUUACAGGAGCAGAAGCAUGUGGAGGAGUCUUCAGGACGGGAGGUGAAGAAGGUUCGGAAAGCUCGGAACAGGCGGCAGGAGUGGAACCUGAUGGCGUACGACAAGGAGCUCCGUCCAGACGCUCGAGUGACACCAUCACCUUACCACACCUCAGACGGUUCAAUGUCACCUGACAGGUCAGGGAUGUCAGACGACACGUCUUUCCUCUCCACUGCUCAACACCAUGACGCCCAGGGGCAUGAUGGGAAGGAUCACGUCACAGUGGCCACAGGUGGAAGUGGUCAGACUCAGUCGCUGGACCGCGCCCUUCGACCUGCCUCUGCAUCCUCUGCAGUCACCACAGCAACCGUGCGCCAGCACUCACUGGGCCGCAACCAGCCGCAUCAUCACCACCACCAGCCACCACUCGCCGGCUCAGCCAAUCAGAAUGGAGCACGGCCUAAUACUGCCAAGGAGGCCAAUGACCAUCAGAUCCCUCCGGCCCCCCCACCACCCCCCCCUCUCAUGCCAUCAGCUGGACAGAUGGCAUUCCCCAACAACACUGCUGCCAUGGCAACACCGCUGCAUCCAGCAGCUGCUCCUGGUAACCAAGGUGGCGCUGCUGUCCUCUCUCGGCCCUACAGCCCCUCCCCUCCCCCACCCCCCCCAGCCAACUAUGCCCCCUCCCCCUCACGCCCCGGAGGCCAGGCCCCACCCUCGGCCAAUGCACCUCCGGUGCCACCGGCGACAGAUGGCAGGAAGCCGUCAGGUGGACCAAACUUUCCGAUGAACGACGCCCGUAGUGACCUGCUGGCUGCGAUACGCCGAGGGAUCCAGUUGAGGAAGGUUCAGGAGCAGCGUGAGCAGGAGGAAGCAAAGAAACGAGAGCCCACAGGAAAUGAUGUCGCCACCAUCCUGUCGCGACGCAUUGCCGUAGAGUACAGCGAAUCAGAGGAGGAGUCUGAACCCGAGGACCAGGAGUGGUCCGACUGAGGAGAGGAGAACGUCAUAAAAACAGAGCCCAGAUUAGUCACGACCUCAAACUGUCACAGGAAGUAAACAACAUAAAAACAAAGUCUGGAGAAAAUUUUGACGAUGCAGACACUAGUUGAAAAUGUUCCUUAAUUGUCAGAAUCAGUGAAUAUUAUUAGUUUAUUGUUCUCAUCAGCAGUUAAUGUAUAUAUUAUGUUCAACAAGCUGGAGGCGGAGCCUGAAUGUGGACGCAGAGAAAUAUCACGUACAGUUACCUCAGCUGACGGACAGCAGAUGUCAUAAUUAUUCUUUGACAAAAAGUUCUGAAAUUUCCUGAUCUGCUUCCUGCUCCUCAGAGGAUGAACCCCGUAGAUGUUAAUGACUCCAUCAUCUUCCUGUUAGCUCCACCUGCAGGACAAACUGCUCAGACUGAGGGAACAGACCUCUGCAGCCCGCAGGGGGCGCUAACGCCAACACAGAUGUCACCUCCGAACAGCUGCACUGGAAAUAUUUGAUAAGGAACCUUGAAAUGGACUCAGAUGAAGAAUCGAUGAACUCUGAGCAGCAGGCUGUCAGUGCUAAUGAGGACACUAAUGACAAGACGCUAAAGACAAGACAUUAACAAGGCAUCAGGCAGCUGUAAAUCUGUUGAGAUGAUUAAACUCUGUUUCCUGGUUGUUUUCAAGGAAACUAUAAAGGAAGGAAAAGUCAUGACGUCACUGACGACAUUUGAAUUUAGCAUUUGAGCCAGACUUUAGUCCCAACAUUCAACUCAUCACACAUCGCCGCUUUGUCAGAGGACUGUCAUCUCUACGUAUCACGUUCUAGGUGUCUUCCUGCGUCUGCUGUUGACGUUGCGGGACGCUGAAACCAACGCCGUGGACAUCAACAAAAACACAUGGUUUCGAAAAAAACAUACUUUGGCUCUAUGUUCAUACAGGAAGUGACCAGCUCCCAAGCCAAAGUCCAGUGUUUGUUGGACCUGUCCACUUCCCCUCCCGCCUGCUCUAUAGCGACCGUUCAGCUCCUUAUAUCAUGUCGUCACUGGCAGUGUUUCAAACUGACGCCAUCCUGUGGCAUAUCACACCACUGCGACAGGUUGCUUUUGGUGUCAGUGUCUGAGGCUUAGCUCACUGACAAAGAGCCGGUAUUUGAUGACUUCAGAAUGAGAAUGGGCCGUAGGUAUUAUUGGGGGUCAAAUCAAACUAUAACCCAUCGUAUCUUUGUUGUUUCACCUUUGACUGAAAAAUCCUCCCACCAGAUUCAGAUUUUAUCUAGACGUGUUUGUUUGUUUACCUCGUUACAGGAGUCCAAACAGAUUGUGUCUCUAGAUAGCUAAAUGCUACCUGCUGUUAGCGGCUACAUGUGUUAGGUUAUCAAUAACUAACCAACUUUAAACUGGUAAUGAUAUUUAAUAACAUUCAGGAGUGCUAACGUUACAUGUUUACUAUUAUUGUCAGGGGGUGGCGCUAGGACCUUCAUCACUUACUGAUACUUUUACUUUGUUUGUUCAUGAACUAAGUUAGCAUCUGCACUUUGUUUAGUUAACGAUAGCCAGCAGGCGACCUACAUUAAUUUGACCCUAAAACAUCAGUAAUCAAUAAUCAAUAAUCCUGAUGAAGAUGAAGAAACAAGACAGACAGCUGUGGUGUUGGUGAGUGAUGACAGAUGUUACUGCCUGGUGCAGCUAGCUAACGUUAGUACAAAGGUAAAUGACCGAGGCAGACUGUGAGACAUGAGGCACACCCUCACUCCUGGGUUUCAGAUAUUUAUCAAACUGACAGAUCAAUGAUUAGAACCAUUAAUGAAGUGAUGUUGUUCUAAUCACAGUGUGAUCAGUGAUGACUGCUCCAUCUCUUCAGGGAUCAGAUGUAACGGCAGGUUGCGUUCACACCUGUCCUGUUUGGUUCGGUUCAAUCAAACUGAGGUUGGUUUGUCCCCUCAGUUCGGUUCAUUUGUGCAGGUGUGAACACACCAAACCAACCAGACUGAGACCACGUUUACACAUAGCCGGGUAUUUAGAGAAACGAAUAUUUCCCCCCCUCCGUUUUCAAUAAUAACAUCAUGCAUACAACAUCGUUUUCAAAAAUGUUGUCAUUUACAUGAACCUGGAUAAAUACGCCGUUGAGCGCCGUCAUAACUAUGCCAAACCUAUGGGUGGCAGUGUAGGGAGAAGGAUGAAGCCAUGCAAGCCAAUCAGAAUCGACAACAACAACAACAAAUAAGACGCGUGACUUCCUGUUCCUUUCAAAACAGUAAACAUGGCGAGAGGUUCGUUUGUGUGGACUGACAGUGAAGUGGAGCUAUUCCUAAAUGUCGCUUUAUACACCGGAUUUCCACUGGAUGUGUGUCCGUUGCAGAACGGCAGCACUGGUUAUCCGCUGCGUGCUCCGCCAUCCGUCAA